CUGCGUUCUUCCUCCCACCACCAUUUUGACUGAGUCCAGUGACUGUGUUCGUUGUCCGAGUUCGUCGAGAGAUUAUUAGAUCACCGUUGUUCAAAAAUGACCGACCAGCUUUGUAAACUUUUCGUCGGUGGGCUGAACGUGGACACCGACGACGAUGGUCUGCGCAAGCAUUUCGAGCAGUACGGUACGCUCACCGACUGUGUUGUCGUCGUGAACAAGCAGCUGCAGCGGUCUCGCUGUUUCGGCUUUGUAACCUACUCUACACCGGAGGAGGCCGACGCAGCAAUGGCGGCUAGGCCGCACACCGUCGACGGCAACGCGGUCGAGGUGAAGCGGGCCGUUGCAAGAGAAGACGCCAACAAGCCAGAGGCCCUCGCAAAAGUUAAGAAAAUAUUCGUUGGUGGCCUGAAAGACGACAUUGAAGAGGAGCAUCUGACCGAAUACUUCUCCCAGUACGGCCAGAUCGAGAAGGCCGAAGUCAUCUCGGAGAAGGAGACCGGAAAGAAAAGGGGCUUCGGCUUUGUGUACUUCACCGAUCACGACGCAGCCGACAAGGCGGUUGUGGUGAAGUUCCACACUGUUUGCUCACACAAAGUUGAGGUUAAGAAAGCAUUGACCAAGCAGGAGAUGCAGGCAGCCAACAGAACCGGUAUGGCGCCCAGGGGCAGACCGGGUAGAGGCAUGAGGGGAAAUCAAAAUGGCUACGGCAGCAGGGACUACGGCGGAAACUACAACUACGGAAAUGGCGGAGGCUACAACUGUGGCGGCUACGGAGGGUACGGCGGACCAUAUGGUGGCGGCUAUGGAGACCAAGGAAGUGGCUAUGGUGGCGGAAACGGUUACAACGAGUUUGGGAGCGGGUAUGGCCAGCAUUCAUCUGGUUAUGGCCCCAUGAAAGGUUCACCCUUCGGCGGCCCAAGGAGCGCUGCUCCCUACGCCAGAGGUGGCGGUGGCGGCCUACCCGAGGGGGGGCUACGGCGGCGGCUAUUAAGUGACACUGCAUAAUGGAAAAUCACCCAUCCCCAGCCACAAAUUACCUCCAGCCAGGAUUUGAACGCCAAAACUCAAAUUCAGUUAAGGGGCGUCUGCCGUGAAACCCAACCAUGGCAGAGAUACGGACACAGAGACCCCCCUAAUCAUAAUGAAGACCUCAAAACCCCAAACAGGUUGCUACGGUAACCUGGGCAAGAGGACAUCACCCCCAAAAACGAUGGGGUGUGUGUCUCCACGUCGACGGGGGGACCGGAGAGUGGUUGUGCCUUCUCCCCCUCAGGUGAAGUCAGUUUUCACAAAAGGAUUCUCCAGUUUGGUCAAAAAUGCAUUUUGAACGAAGGGUUUCUAAUUCUGACAGGUUUUUAUUGAAGAUGUGUUUGGUUUCAGGUUUUGGGGGGAUUUUGAUAACACAGUGCUCCAGUGUAAUCAUGAAUGUUCUUUUCUCAAUGACCAGCACUGAUGAUCUCUUAACCCCACAAUGCUUAAGCCAGAGGCUUCCAACUUGUUUGGCCCGUGUUCCCUUAAAACAAAGCAUUACCUACUUCUACUCAUAACAAGUAUAAUACAAGGAUCUUGUAUUUAAAUGAUGUUACUGACCUGAAAAGGUACAAAUAUUCAGUAUUAAAAGAGAAAAAGUAGAAUUUGAUACAGAUUCUAUUUGGUGUGCAGAAUUCUAAUUUGGUUACAGAAGCAGUGGCGAUGUGAAGUGAAGCGUUACAUUUUACUCAAAUGAUAAAGUGUUGGUGUGGGUUUUAUGGUUGCUUUUUUUUUUUUUUUAAUCUUGUUAAGUCUUAGGUUUAUCUUGGGCAGGUUGGAAACCACUGACUGAAGAACUAAUUUCCCUGGCAAGGAAGUUUGCAUUUGGGGCACUGUGGGUUUCAAAAUACAAUAAAUGAUUGACAUUGACGUGUUUUUAUUAGGUUACAUGGUUUAAUCCCAUAAAGGGUUGGUGUGUGUGUGUGUGACUUAAGUCACAAUAUGAUUUACAGUAUUGUUUUUAUUGUUUUACUAAAAUUAAAAUUAUGCUAGGCUGUAUCCGAAGCGUGCUGCUCCUCUUGGGAGGCUUGUAUCAAUGAAAUGUGAAUUGCUUCCUUGGCCAUUCUGUAUGUGGCUGAAAGACACAGUAUAACAGAGUUUAUGGCAACAUUUGUCUGCAGACUUGUUUCAGAACAAGGAACAAUGACAGGAACUCAGGUUUAUACCUCCCCAUUUUAAAACCAUUGAGAGACCAUCAUAUUAGACCAAAGAUGAUUUUCAUAAGUUCUGUUGGCUGACAGGAUCUAUGAAGUAAGUAACCAGAGAAUUAUUGCAGUGAAAUGUCUGUAUUUACACUUCUUUACAGUGAGGUGCACAGUGCCUAUAAAUUAUUAACUGGAAACAGUAAAAACCUCAGAGGUUACUGUUUCCUAUACAUUUGAGCCUUUAAAGACAUCAGGUGUCACAAAAUCUGCCAUUUGAAGACAACAGGAGUAGUUACAGAAUAUGAUACAGGUAUAAGUAAUUGGGAAAGUAAGAGGAUGAUGAUAAUGGCCAGAAGUUGUGGUUGUAUGGACACCAGCCAAUUUGUAAUAUUAGUUCUUUAAAAUUUGCAUUAGACAGGGUCUGGAGUUGUAAAUACACACCCAGGCCUGAGAGAAGCUUUUAACAGGAAUUCAGAGGCCAAAUGGGAUACCAGUAAGUGAGUGGCACUGUAAAUGUUUUCUGCUGAAGUCUGCUGACAAAUAUUUUAAAGAUACCUCAUUAUUGUUGGUCAGGGCUUUGUGUGUGUCUUUAUUUUAUUGUUAAAUUUAAAGGUUGCCACUAAUUGAGCAGUAAGGAUCUAUGCUUGAUGUGCUCUCAUUCACAUGCUCUCAUAGAUAAAUACAAAUGCUGCUUGCCUGUUUUUGAAAAGUGAGCUAAAGUAACCAUAAGAGAGCUUAUCAAUUAACUCUUGAUGACGAGCACACAAUACAUCACACUACUGGCGUUGUAACAUGUACUUGAUGUCUUAGCUAUAAUGAUAUGAGGAAAACGUGUGCUAAAACUUAAACAAAACCUAACUGAAACCCCAACAGUAAGCCCUUAAUUUCAUAAAAUUGGACUAAAACACGUUCCCGUAACUAAAUCCUGUCUGAUGUACUGUGAUGACAAAAAUACUGUUUUGAGUGAUGCUUGAUAUGGUGAUCGUAGUGUCAAUUUUACUUUUGUUCUCUUACCUUUUAUAGGAUUAAUGAUGCAUCUGAUCAUCCCAUAGGAAAAGGAAACAUCUGUUAUGUUGGCCGUGCUUUUUAUGAAUCCACAAUAAAUUAUAUAUUUUUAUAUACCAAGAAA